GCUCGGCUCUGUAGUGGACGCGCGCGAGGAGCGAAGAAGGAGAGAAAGGAAGAGCUGGAGCUGCGCGAGGACACCUCUGCGUACGGGCUUUGUUUGUUUGGACGCGCGCGCGAGAGUUUCACCUGUGUUUUUGGUACUUUUUUAAGGGCGCGAGCGCUGGAAGUUGGAAGUUGGAGAAAGAGUGUGUGAGUGUGUGUGUGUGCUGGUGAUCGCGUGCAGAGGGGCGCCUGGCUCGUGAGCCCCGGAUUGGCUUGCCUCGCCGGUGCAGCGCGAGGACACGGAGAAAAAAACCCCCAGAAAAUACAACAAACAAACAAACAAAGGCGCACGCGGAGUUUACGGUUUCCUGUGAAUGGAGCGCGAGCUUGACCGAUGAGGACGGCGGGGCGCGAGGAGCUCCGGCCCAGCUGACAGCGCGCGGACGACACUGGGACCAUAUAAACAAACCAACAAACAAACAAACAAGCAAAUAAACAGACUGAUCGGUGUUGGAGAUGGAGCCGUGGAGCGUGUUUACUCUGCUCUGCUGCUUCUCACUGACCAGGCUGACCACUGCGGAGGAGGAGGUGGUGAUGAACACGAAGAUGGAGACAUCUGACCUCAGAUGGACAAUCCACCCCAGCGCUGAUCCUGAGUGGGAGGAGAUGAGCGGUCUGGAUGAAGAAGGGAACAGCGUGAGGACGUUUCAGGUGUGUCCGACGGACGGCAGCGUGAGUCACUGGCUGCGCACUCGUUUAAUCCCGCGGCGCUCGGCGUCCAUCGUGUACGUGGAGAUCCGCUUCACGGUGAUGGAGUGCAGCUCCAUGCCCUCCAACACGCGCACCUGCAAAGAAACCUUCAACCUGUACUACUACCAGAGCGACGAGGACACGGCCACCAGCACCCACCCCGCCUGGAUGGAGAACCCCUACACUAAGGUGGACACAGUGGCGGCCGACUUCCUGCUGCGGCGUGGUGGCGAGAGGAAGUCUAAUGUAAAGACCCUGCGGGUGGGUCCUCUCUCUAAGAAGGGCUUCUACCUGGCCUUCCAGGCUCAGGGGGUGUGUAUGGCACUGCUGUCCGUCAGGGUGUACUUCAAAAAGUGCCCCGCCCUCACGCACACCUUCUCCAGCUUCCCCGAGACCGUACCGCACUCGCUGGUGCAGCAGGCCGAGGGCGUCUGCGUGCCUAACUCUGCCCCCUCCGGCCUGAUGCCCCGCCCUCCCACCAUGCUGUGUGGAGAGGACGGGCAGUGGGUGGGACCUCCGUCCACUUCCUGUGUGUGUAAGGCUGGAUAUGAACCGGUGGACACUGACCGCUGUAGAGCGUGUGGUGCUGGUCAGUAUAAGUCCUCUAUGGGGGCGAGUGUGUGUCGUGUGUGUCCGAUGAACAGUAACACACACUCUGUGGGGGCGGUCUCCUGUUCCUGUCGCCCCGGAUACUACAGAGCGCCGACCGACCCUCCGGACACCGCCUGCAGCAAGCCCCCAUCGGCGCCGCGGAACAUUGUCCCUCAGGUGAACGACACGGUGGUCACUCUGGAGUGGAGCGAGCCGCUGGACCGUGGCGAGCGCUCCGACCUGUCGUACGCGGUGGAGUGCGUGCAGUGCGGGUCGGGCCGCGUGUGCGUGCCGUGCGCGGAGAGCGUGAGCUACCGGCCGGCGCAGUCGGGGCUGGCGGCCCGCAGGGUGGUCAUCCACGGCCUGCGCCCCCACACCCAGUACACCUUCACCAUCAUCGCCAUCAACGGGGUCACCGACACCAGCAGCAUCCCCCCGGCUACCUCCGCCAUCAACAUCACCACCAGCACCGACGUCCCUGUUCCUGUAUCAGGUAUCAGGAGAACGAAAGCCUCUGAGACGAGUCUGACGCUGAGCUGGCCGGUCCCGGCCCAGCCCCACUACACCAUCCUGGAUUAUGAGAUCAGAUACUGUUUACAGGGGGAGGACGAGGUGUGGCAGUACAUCAGCAGUAAGGUGAACUCUGUGGUUCUGAAUGAUCUGUCCCGGGCCUCUCAGUACCGGGUCCAGGUCAGAGCCAGAACCAGAGUGGGAUACGGACACUUCAGCAACACAGCUACAUUCAGCACACUGCCCGACGGGAUGGAGUCUCACACCCGGCUCAUAGUGACAGGCGUGCUGGUUGGUACCGGGCUGCUCAUCCUCAUCACCGUGGUGGCGGUUGCCGUGUUCUGCUUCCGGAAGCACAGUAGACUGAGGGAUUCAGAGCUGGAUAAGAGUGGACAGUAUCUCAUGAGCCAAGGUGUUAAGGUGUACAUCGAUCCGUUUACGUACGAAGAUCCGAACGAAGCCGUGCGGGAGUUCGCUAAAGAGAUCGACGUUUCAUUCGUCAAGAUAGAGGAGGUCAUCGGAGCAGGUGAGUUUGGUGAGGUGUGCCGUGGCCGGUUGCGAAUUCCCGGUAAGAAGGAGAACUACGUGGCCAUAAAGACUCUGAAGGGCGGAUACACGGAUAAACAGAGGCGGGACUUCCUGUCUGAGGCGUCAAUCAUGGGUCAGUUCCAGCAUCCCAACAUCAUCCACCUGGAGGGGGUGAUCACUGCAUCCUGUCCGGCCAUGAUCCUCACCGAGUACAUGGAGAACGGAGCGCUGGACUCCUUCCUCAGGCUGAACGAUGGUCAGUUCACUCCGAUCCAGCUGGUGGGGAUGCUGAGGGGGAUAGCGAGUGGUAUGAAGUAUCUGGCGGAGAUGAGUUACGUCCACCGUGACCUCGCGGCGCGGAACAUUCUGGUGAACAGUAACCUGGUGUGUAAGGUGUCCGAUUUCGGCCUGUCCAGAUUCCUGACCGAGAAUUCAUCUGACCCCACGUACACCAGCUCACUGGGUGGUAAGAUUCCGAUCCGGUGGACGGCCCCGGAAGCGAUCGCCUUCCGAAAGUUCACCUCCGCCUCCGACGUCUGGAGCUACGGCAUCGUGAUGUGGGAGGUGAUGUCAUUCGGAGAGCGGCCGUACUGGGACAUGAGCAACCAGGACGUGAUUAAUGCUAUAGAGCAGGAUUACCGCCUGCCCCCGCCCCCGGAGUGCCCCGCCCCCCUACACCAGCUCAUGUUGGACUGUUGGCAGCGAGACCGCGGCUCACGCCCUCGAUUCUCACACAUCGUCUCCGCCCUCGACAAGUUGAUCCGAAACCCCGCCUCCCUCAAACUCACCGGCCAAUCACACGACGGGCUGUCCCCCCCGUUGCUGGACCAGCGCCCCCCUCCUCCUCUCUCUCAGUGUGGCUCGGUGGGCGAGUGGCUGAGGCUCAUUAAGAUGGAGAGAUACGAGGAGAACUUCAUUCAGGCUGGAUUCACCAGCUUCGAGCUCGUAGCUCAGAUCUCCACCGAGGAUCUGUUGCGUAUCGGUGUGACUCUGGCUGGUCAUCAGAAGAAGAUUCUAUCCAGCAUCCAGACGAUGAGAGUUCAGAGCAAAAACUCACUCAGAUACUGACCACACACACACACACACACACACACACACUCACACACACACACACACUCACACACACACACUCACACACACACACACACUCUCACACACACACACACACACACACACACACACACACACUCACACACACACACUCACACACACACACACACACUCUCACACACUCACACACACACACACUCACACACACACACUCACACACACACACUCACAGAAAUGACUGGGAAAAGCCUUUAGACAACAGAAAAAAACUUCCCUUGCACUUCCGGUUCCAGUCCAGCACCCACAACAGCCAAUCAGAAUCCUCCUAAAAGGGAUGACAUCACAGCCAUCACCAGCAUCACCAGCCUACUGUGUUCUCAGCCAAUCACCUCCCAGUGUCCUCGUGGGAGGAUUAUCUCAAGGAGAUGACAUCAUCACUGCAUCAUAGUGCCUUCUCGCAUUAACUGACCAAUCACUGUCCUCCGUACUGCGGCGCCAGAGCCUGAUUGGCUCACACUCACAGUCCGGCCAAUCACAUUCGAGGAGAAACGAAAAUGAGAAAGACGGUAUGAAAGGACGGAAAGAAUGAAACAGAGACGAUGCGGAGACGAUGCGGAGACGUUGCGGAGACGUUGCGGAGACGAUGCGGAGACGUUGUGGAGACGAUGCGGAGACGAUGUGGAGACGAUGCGGAGACGAUGUGGAGACAAUGCGGAGACGAUGCCGAGAUCUCCGUUAUGUGUAAAAAUGCAAACUCUGGCCUUUUUAGCGAUGUUUUCUCUUUUUUUACUUCUCGGUUUUAAUCCUUCUCUCCUGUGUAUGACGCACAGACCUACACCUCCCUCAGGAUCCCUCCAUCCCAGAGAACACACAGCACUUUCAGGCCCGCACACCCUCUGCUGCAUGUGAGGGCGUGGAGAGAGCGAGGGAUGAUGAAAGAGAGAAGAAGGACUGAAUUUCUGAACAGCUGUGUUCACUUCCGUUCCUUCAGGGUUCAAAUUAAAGGUGGAUUCGCCUUCAUAAAUAUGCAUUAAUCUUAAAAAGAGGGGGCGUGGCCUCAACUGCGGUCACCACGGUAAUCUUGUGAAUAUGGACACGAUGGGGGUGUGGCCUAUGGAUUUGGACUGAUCCAGACGUAACCCGCCCCCCACAGAGCCGACCGAUAGCCUUUCACCAUCACCAGCCUUGACCUUGCCUUGACCUUUGACCCCGAGUGGUUGCCAUGGCAAAUACUUGCCUGUUUGAAUUCUGGGAGUUUAAAGCAGGAUCUUCAUAUUGAAGGUCCUUUUAUAAUUAUAACUAUUCUAAUAAGCCAAGGAUAUUUUUUUGUAAUUAUAGUUUUGCUUUUUUGUAUGAAUUGAAAAAGAAAAAAACUGAAUUUGAGGACUGAAUUCAUAUUUGAGGAAAUGAAUAAACUUUGGGAGAUUUUACUGCAGCUGGCAGUCAAAGUGUGUGUAAGUCUUUCUGACCAAUCACAAUAAAGAUUGUCAAUGAUGUCCCUCCCA